AUGAAAAACUUAUGUCCAUUUUCCGUUCACACAAUUCUCUUCUUCCUAAUCCACCAAGUUCUUUCCUUCGGGUACUCGAUCGACACCACUGCUGUCCCUGCAGCUGAGCCGACUCCCGCGAGUGACAGUUCUUACAUCCGGACAAGUUGUGCAACCACAUUAUACCCAGAAUUAUGCUACCAUUCCCUAGCUGGCUAUUCUUAUGCCGUACAACAAGACCCUGCCCGACUGGCCCGCGUGGCGGUUGGCGUGAGCCUGUCUAGAGCCAAGCGCAUGGCAGCUUACGUCUCCAACCUCUCCCGGGAAGCCGACUAUGGCGCUGACCACCGAGCCACUGCAGCGCUACACGACUGUUUCUCGCUCUUUGGUGAUGCAGUUGAUCAAAUGCGCGACUCGGUCAAGCAAAUGCGCCGGCUAAGCGGCUCUGGCGAGUCCCUAAGGUUUCAGAUGAGUAAUGUACAGACGUGGAUGAGCGCGGCCUUGACGAAUGAGGACACGUGUACUGAUGGAUUUGAGGAUGUGCCAGAUGGGCCGAUGAAAGCGGACGUAUGUGGCCGUGUUGUGAAGGUGAAGGAGGUGACUAGCAAUGCACUGGCUUUGGUUAAUAGUUAUGUUGCCAAGGUAUCGGGGCCAUGA